CAAAAAUUUAUUUGGCUGUGCCUCAUCAUCAUGAACCGUGCUUUUAGCAGGAAGAAAGAUAAAACAUGGAUGCAUACUCCUGAGGCUUUAUCGAAACACUAUAUUCCCUAUAAUGCAAAGUUUCUUGGCAGUACAGAAGUGGAACAGCCCAAAGGUACCGAAGUUGUGAGAGAUGCGGUUAGAAAAUUAAAGUUUGCAAGACAUAUCAAGAAAUCUGAAGGCCAGAAAACUCCUAAAGUUGAAUUACAAAUAUCAAUUUAUGGGGUAAAAAUUCUAGAACCAAAAACAAAGGAAGUCCAGCACAAUUGCCAGCUUCAUAGGAUAUCAUUUUGUGCAGAUGAUAAAACUGACAAGAGGAUAUUUACUUUCAUAUGCAAAGAUUCCGAGUCAAAUAAACAUUUGUGCUAUGUAUUUGACAGCGAAAAGUGUGCUGAAGAGAUAACUUUAACGAUUGGUCAAGCCUUCGAUCUGGCCUACAGGAAGUUUCUAGAAUCUGGAGGAAAAGAUGUUGAAACAAGAAAACAGAUUGCAGGGUUGCAGAAAAGAAUACAAGAACUAGAAACUGAGAAUACAGAACUCAGAAAUAAAGUCCAGGAUUUGGAAAAUCAGUUAAGAAUAGCUCAGAUAUCAACGUCUCCAGCAGCCAGUGUGACACCUAAAUCACCUUCCACUGACAUCUUCGAUAUGGUUCCUUUUUCUCCCAUAACUCCUCAGUCAUCAACACCUACUCGCAAUGGUACACAGCCUCCUCCAGUACCCAGUCGUUCGACAGAGAUAAAACGAGACCUUUUUGGAGCAGAACCGUUUGACCCUUUUAACUGUGGAGCAGGUGACUUCCCUCCAGAUAUUCAAUCAAAACUAGAUGAGAUGCAGGAGGGGUUCAAAAUGGGACUAACUCUUGAAGGCACGGUAUUUUGUCUCGAUCCAUUAGAUAGUAGGUGCUGAUGUCAAGAACAAGGGAUCCUGACUCUUGUAUGACAUUUUUUUUAUUAUUGUUAUUAUAAUGUGUAAUACAAGUAUUAUCCAUGUGCCAAAAAUUUUUGUUUUUAGACAUGUUAACUUCUGUGAUAUAUGCUUCAGUGAGACCAACACAGACUCAGUGUUGACCUGUAAAAUUGUAAAAAGCCACAUCUGCAUGUGAGCUGUUCAUUAAGUUACACCCUUGUUUCUUUCUGCUUCUGUUGGAGAUAAAUUUAUAUUACUAAAGAAGAGUCUCCUAAUUCUUCUUCUCUUUCUGGGUUAUAAGUUAGUACUUUUGGAAGCUACAUUACCUUUUUCUUUUCAGUCCAUUAGGAUAUUAUUGAAUUCUACUCAGCUGUAACUUAGUAAUUUUUUUUUCCUAGUAGUUUGAAGAAAAAGAAAAAAGUGUCUAACUGAAAACUCAGGACUAAUCUAGGCACUUGAAAAAUCCAUCUCUGACUGUGUCUAAAUGAUACAUAUGCUAGCCAAUUCAGUGGGAGGCAGCAAAAUGAUUAUUUGAUGGUAUGAGAGCCCAAAAGAAGUGGUUUGGAUUUUCAGUUGGCUUUGAUGGCGUCGUGUAGUUAUAACCAAUUAUUUUACCUAUUAAACCUAUGAAAUUUUCCUAAAUCACGAGCCUUGUAUGUCAUUAGUUGCUUUUCAUAUCACUGGAGAGUUUUACACUUUGAAAAUAAUGACCUCGGGUCACUAACUUUCAGACUGGUGAAAUGAUUAGUGAAUAGAAGUUAAAAGGUUAAUAAAAUUGAAUGUACCUAGAAUAUGUAGUAGCAAACAUAGGUGCCAGGUAACUCAAAUUAUUAUAUUCAUUUGUGUACUGUGUUUCUUUUUCAUCUUAAAAUUACGAUUUCAAUCAACAUCUAAGAAAAUAUAGAAAAAUCACUUUUAAAUACCAUCUUAUUUUGAACGAGAGCAAUUAUAUAACAAAGGAUGUAUACCUUUCUAAUUUGAUAAUACAGAGAAAAUAUAUUUGAACAUAGAUUCUGCAUAUGCCUACAACACAUUGUACCAGUAUUUAAUUUACAAAGCAUUUCUUUCCACCGAAGUAGUCUGUCUCUUACUGGAAUAUUUUCCCUUGACACAUUCGGUGCCUAGCACAGUGCCUUGCGUGUCAUAGGCAUUUUUAUAAGUAUUUGUUGAAUUGAACUGAAUCUCAGAUGCUUAAAGUUGAGAAGCCACAGUUAGUAUUGGUAUUUUAGCAUCUAUGACAACCAUUCUGUAUGAGUAAGUAAUCAUCGUUAGUGAUAUGAGGUGACCAAAUUUCACUUUAACUUAAUUUUCCUAAAGUACAAAUCAUUAUGUAUAGUCAUAUAAAUUAAGUUUCUGCUAGGGUCAGAGUAUAACUGACUUGACUACUUGUAUUCCAUUAAUCAUUAACAUGAGCAAUAAAGAUUUUAUUUAAUUUCAUUCAUGAUUCACUUAUGAACUUGUUCACUGAAAAUAUCUUUAUUAUGCAGAAUUACACAUGCUUAAAAUGUAUAGUAACUAUAAUAAAGUAAUACCCUAAAAGUAAAUCUUAUUAGGUUUCCCCUAAUACCACUGUACUCAAAAAAUAAAGAUUUGAUGAUUUUGAAAUAGAUGGGGGUGGUGGUGGUGGAAGUCCUCUCCCUAAAAAAAGAGGCUUUCUUUUUGAUUCAUGAACAUUUGCUUUUGUUUUGUAUCCUAGGUUGAAUUAAACCUGGGAUGUUCAUGCAACAUCACAUUUCUUUGAGUUUUUUUUUUUAAUGUUUGAAGGUGUAUAUGAGUCUUCCUCUUUUCUGUUUUAUGUUCACGUGUAUCACUAAUUCCAGAGUAGUAUAUGUUUCAUAAAAAGAAGUCUUUAUAAUUUUGUUUGUCAUAUAGUAUUUUGGAAUUUGUAUAAUGAGGAUGUUUAGUAGCCAUAUCUCAAUGGCUUUUUUAACAGAUAGAAUUUGUAUUUUUAUUGUACUUUAAAAAGCUUUAUGUAAUAGGCAUAUAUUUAGUGGCCAUUUACUAUCAAUGGUAACACAAUACAGUACUAAGAUGAUAUUUGCACACUUAAAGAACUUUUUCUUUACUGAUUUUUUAAUGGUAAUCAGGUAUGGAAAUGGCAUGAUUAAUAAUACAUGACUGGUCAUUCAGUUCAAAAAUGCUUAAUUUAGCAGUGCAUUUUUAAUGAAAGAUUUGGUUGAAAACUGUAUAUCUUUGUAAUCUCAAUGGUAUGUUUGAUUUUGCUGGAAAUAA